AGUAGGGGUGAGAAUUAUUUAAUUGCUUCUCCCGAAAUAGACCGCAGUAGGAAUCGGCUUCCUCGUAAGAUGUUGCCUUUUGUUUUCUCUCUCAUCGCAGUUGUUGCCGUUACGGGCCAUCCAAAUGUUAACGGGAUAGAAGUCGAAGUUGAAGAACUUUUCGAAAUGGUACCCCACGACCAGGUCCUUUCACUGGGCAUGGAGUACGCCAUGUCGGACGAACAGGUCAAGUCUGUGAUUAAGUACAUUUCCGAGCCCAAGUUCAAAAGCAACUUCGCAAUGCUGCAAGGCAGUCCGUCGUUCAGAGAACUCAUUGCCGAAGGCGCCCAGUAUAACAUCGACGGCCUCUCUCUGGCAAACAAGAUUAACAAAGCUCUCCAAUUGCCACCGAUAUCGACUUUUUCAACAUCAGAGAAAAGGACGAAGAGAUCGACCGGAGAAGGUGUCAUCGGGCUGAUUAAAGACACGUUCGAAAUAAUGCCGAUAUCUGAUAUAAAAGAGUCCUAUAGGUACAAAGUGGCGGAAAACGAAUCUUUCAAGGUCUUCAUGGACAGCGUCCUAAGCGGAGAAGCCAAGAAGGUACUCAAGCCGUUGAUGAUGUCAAAACCGUUCCUGGACACAAAGAAGGACCUGGAGGAUAUGGGAGUACCGCUUGAAGAGAUCGAAAAGUACCUCGAGCAACAGUUGAUCGAAUUUUUUGACCUCGACAAACAGGCUUCAAUGAGAGAAGAGGUGCCUAUAAAGGAUCCAACAGAAUAGAUUUUUUUGUCUAUAUUUUUGUUUCUCUUGUAAGCCCAUAAAGGCGUAAUUUUAAAAUAGAAAAUAA